UUACAAUGAAAGCAACGAACUCAUAUAGCAAACGCGUCAGUUGUUUGAUAAAUGUAUGUAUAAUUUCUAUGUGAACUUUAUAACUCACGCACAAGAUGAUAAUGAGAACACAAACAUUUAUGAGCGUUUCAUUUAUUUGAACAGUUGUUUGACACUGGAACAACUUACUAAUGUUGCUAUCCAGAACAAAACCUGCUCAGGCAGCUGGAACUGUUGCUGCAGCUGAUCCAAAAAGUAGAUCAAAAGUUCCUUCUUUGGAUGAAUUUAUCAAAAAUCGAGAUUUUACUGGAGCACUUACUCUACUAGAGUUUCAGAGAAACAGUGGUAAAGGAGAUCUGAAAAAUGAUUUAUGGAUUGCCUAUUGUGCCUUUCAUCUGUCUGACUAUCGAAGAGCAAUGGAGGAAUAUAACCGUGUCUUAAAGAAAAGUGAUGUACCUCUAGAGAUUUGGACAUACCUUGGAUGUUGUUAUUUUUACCUUGGAAUGUACAAAGAAGCUGAUACUGCUGUUGCCAAAGGGCCCAAAUCCGAGCUUCAAAAUCGUCUGCAAUUUCAUCUUUCACACAAGUUUGGGGAUGAAAAGUUAUUGAUGGUUUUUCAUCAGCAGUUAAAGGACAUUCUUGAGGAUCAGCUAUCCCUAGCUUCAAUUCAUUACCUAAGGUCACACUAUCAAGAGGCAAUUGAUAUCUAUAAGCAUAUUCUCCUUGACAACAGGGAAUCUAUAGCUCUUAAUGUGUAUGUUGCUCUCUGCUAUUACAAAUUGGAUUACUAUGAUGUUUCACAAGAAGUUCUUGCUGUUUACUUGCAACAUUAUCCAGACAGUGCAACAGCCAUUAACUUGAAAGCAUGCAAUCAUUUUCGGUUAUAUAACGGAAAGGCAGCUGAAGCUGAAUUAAAGAGUUUACAAGAUAUGUCCUCUCCUUCAUUUACUUAUGCAAAAGAUUUAAUUCGACAUAAUUUGGUUGUCUUUCGAGGUGGGGAAGGUGCUCUUCAGAUAUUGCCUCCAUUGGUUGAUGUUUUUCCUGAAGCAAGGCUUAAUCUUGUUAUAUACCACUUAAAACAAGAUAAUGUGCAGGAAGCAUUUAAUCUAAUCAAAGAUUUAGAGCCAGCUGUUCCCCAUGAGUACAUAUUGAAAGGUGUUGUUAAUGCUGCUAAUGGACAAGAACAGGGAUCUAGGGAAUACUUGAAAGUAGCACAACAGUAUUUUCAAUUAGUUGGAGGUUCAGCUAGUGAAUGUGAUACAAUACCUGGAAGACAAUGCAUGGCUUCAUGUUUCUUCUUAUUAAAGCAGUUUGAUGAUGUGUUACUCUAUUUAAAUUCUAUUAAGAGUUAUUUUUACACUGAUGACACAUUUCAUUUCAAUUUUGCACAAGCAAAAGCAGCAACUGGAAAUUUCAAAGAAGCUGAAGAGGUAUUUUUAUCUAUUCAAAAUGAGAAAAUCAAGAAUGAUUAUACAUAUCUCAGUUGGCUAGCUCGCUGUUAUGUUAUGAACAAAAAACCAAGGUUAGCAUGGGAGCUUUAUUCUAAACUUGAACACUGCAAUGAAUCAUUUAGUCUUCUACAACAAAUUGCAAAUGAUUGUUACAAAAUGGGGCAAUUUUUUUAUGCUGCUAAGGCAUUUGAUAUUUUAGAAAGAUCAGAUCCGAAUCCUGAGUUUUGGGAAGGUAAAAGAGGAGCUUGUGUUGGUGUUAUACAAAUGAUUAUUGCUGGACAUGAACCAAGUGAAUCAUUGCAAGAAGUUUUCCAGAUUUUACGUAGCACUACUAAUCAACAAGCUGAAAAAAUUCUACGAGUUGCAAAAGCCUGGGCAAAAGAAAGCAAACUUCCUGUGUAAUUACUAGUGCCUUGCAAUCAUAAAACAUAUUGGUGCAUCAGAAGAACUGAUAAAGUUACUAGCUUUCUUGAUGCAUCUAACCGUCCAUCUUUUUAUAAUAUUAUUUUCUUAGCCACGUUUAAGAAAGCAAUUUGACUCAAAAUUCACAGUAUUGUACAAAAUUUUGUCUUCUAAUAGUUUCUAAAGCAAAAGAUCAUACACAUUUAAAAGAACAUAAUUCGCAAGAACAAUUGCAAAAAUAAAUAAUUUUAAUGUUCUUGGUACAUUUCUUUUGUCCACUGAAAUUAAACUUUUUUUAAAAUUUAAAUGUGUAGUAAGUUUUUUUUUUUCAUUUGGUAUUAAAUUAAAAUAGCUGUAACUCUUUGUAUGCUAUUGAAAUCCAGUACAUAUAUUUUAUAAGUCAUACAAACAUUUGUGCUUCAUAUUAAGUUUUUUUUUUUUUUUUGUCUUAUGAAUCCAGUUUAAGUUAUAAGUAGUGUCUUGAGUUAUAAACUGUAUUUUCCUUUUUUACCAAGUUUCCAAUAAAAAAAGUUCUGUAAAAGAAGCAUAGGAAAAAGUUUAAUGUUCAAUAACAAUCAUACAAAAAGAACAAUUAAUGAAAAUGAAAUAUAUAUUAUUUCAAUAAAUAUUUAUAAAAUUAAAGAAAAUAUGAUAUGAGUAGUAGUCCUAGUUGUGUAAGGAAAUCUGUAUGUCUGCCGUUGGUUCUGUUGCCAAAGAUACUGUUACUCUUAAGAUGAUGAAAGUUUCUAGCAACUGCUGUGGAAUUUUUGGGACUUUAGUAUUUAAUCUAAUCAAAGUUGUUAGGGUUUAUUAUAUUUGUUUUACAAAAUAAUUCUUGGAACUGCUGUCUUUGCUGCACUGGAGAUUUUAAAUGGCUGCUGGCAAGAGACAAUCCAGUAGCAGUAGUCUUUAUGUUUAGUGGAUUUAAUUUAUUUAAUAAAGUGUAAUUUUUGACCAAUUUUAAUUUAUUUUGUGGAAUUUUAUUUUAAAUUAUUUAUGUAAAUAUAAUUCUCUGGAUUCAGGUGUGAAUCCAAACAAAAAUAUUUGUACUAUGUAAUUAUUUUAACUGUUACAUUAGUCUAUUAUGUAGUGUUUUUAAAUGUAAUUUUUUAUUUGCCUUGAUUUAUUAAUGUAUUUUCAAAAAACAAAAAAAACAAAAAAAAUCAAACUGAAUAUGAUUUUAAAAAUAUUUAUUAACACAAAAAAAAGUAUACAUAUAUUUAUGUAUAAGAGUUUUGAUGAAUUGUGUUAUUCAAAUCCCAUUUUAUAGGACAGACCCAUAUUUUUAACAAUUUUCAAAAUGUACACAUCAAGUUUCUACAGAGAAUUUUAUCAUUACCCUCUAUCUUUAAGGAUUCUCCUUGUCACAUACUAUUGUUAUAUUCAUUACGUUAAGCAACAUUUCAUCAAAACAUCUCAUAUCACAAAGUCAGACUGAACCACUGUAUUUAAUUAUUAUCUUAAACAUUAGUGCAGCCAGAGUAUACCUUCAAAAGGCGGGGGGGGGGGGGGGGGUUGCCAUAACAGUCCUUUACUUGUAAAAAUUUACCAUAUUAGAAUUGGCAAUAUCUGAUAAAACUCAGAGUUAUAUGGGGAUGAUCCCCAAAGCAUCCCUUUUUUUUUGUUGUGCUCUUGAUUUCGAAUUGUUUUCUAAAUAGCUCUUAACUUUUAAAACAGAGGUUUCAGUAACAGAUGCUUGACAGUUUUUUUCAAUUAGCAAAAAAACAAAAAGCAAAAAAAAAAAAAUCGUAAUCAAAGACUAGAAGCUAACUUUUUUUUUUCGUCUUGUUUAUAUUUACAAAAUUAAAUGGCUAUUUCCCAAAAAUUGGCAACCACUCUAAAAUCUGCUGUCAAAAUAUCUUCAUAAAAAAAUAUUGAAAGUUCCGAGUGAUGCUUUAAAAACUACAAAAUUUUUCAAUUUAAAACUCAUGUUAAUAAAUAUUUAAUAAAGAGAAAUGAAUAUUUAUGUCUGGAUAUUGCAUCAUAACAUAAGAUCCGCUAAUUAAUAUCUGUCACAGUUUCAUUAAAAGGAUCACAAUGGAGUCUCAAAAAUCCGAGGUAAUUGUUGCUCACCUCACUUCGGAUUACUGAAGACUCGGAUUGUGCGGAAAAUGUUUCUCCAUUUAAAAUUUACACAGCUCAGAAGACAUAAAGGGGAGCACCUUUUAUUUCCUUGCAUCAAGAAAAGGAACUAUUGUCUUCAUGAAAGAAAUUAUCACUCAAACUUCAACAUAAACUUCCUUUUGAUUGCUUUUUGGCGAAUUUUAAAACCUAAUUUUUUCUUGAUAUCCAUACGCAUCCACAUGAGCAAGGCAACCAAAACAUAAUCCACCUCUCAAUGUGUUUCUAUUAUUUAUUGAGCAUAGUCAAUAAGUUUUACUGCAGCAAAAUAUUACUAUUUUCAGAUUUUAAUGAAAAUCAAAUUUUUAGCUACUAAAAAAUAUAACUUAAAAUAUAAAUGAAGCACCAUAGAUUAAAUGGAACCUCGAACUUUAGAGACUUCUGUAUUCUUUUGUGGUACAAGAACAGCAAUAAAAUAAACAGCAUCAUAGAAAGUAGUUAUUAGUUUUUAUUUUUGCUGCAGAUAUUUAUUUUAAGAAAGCUCAAAUUAAUAUAAAAAGGGGGAGGAGGUAUAUGAUGUCUGUAGAAAACAGAUCUAUGCAAUGAAAAUAUCAUACAGUUGUUUGAGUAACUGAAACCAGAUAGAACACCAUCGCUAUAUGACGUAGUUAUUUGGUUCAUUUAAUUGAUAUUUUUUGAGUCAAAUGCGUUAGGCAGCAGAACUGGUGACUUAAACAGUCAAGAUGGAUUGUGCGAUAUCUUGGAGAGACAGUAUCUGAAUACAAAAAGAAAAAAGUGAAUUUAACUUUCUUUAGAACAAUUGUGUAAAAUUUACUUUAACACACUAAUCACUCAACUUACUUUUGAUGUAUAAUUUCUAUGAAGUACAUCAAGAGUUGGGGUCCAGAGGAGGGUCAUGACCCAUUUUAGGUGACUAAAUAUAUUUUACAUCUGCAUUUUCGACAGUUUUUUCAAAGCAUUCACCGGAGACUCCCUACUUGAGCAUUAAAUUGCCCCUCCCCCCAUUCGAUGAUGACCCCUUCAAAACCAGAUGCAGUAUCCACUCUUGUGUACAUUAGUGGGCUUUUCUUUUCAUAGUCGACAAAUGAUGUUUUUUAAUGUUACAAUUAAAUUUGUUUUCUGUUGUUGCUGAUUAUUCUAUUGCUAUGGGCAGGUAAAUGGCAGUUUCUACAAAUUGAGUUUUGGAUUUAUUUGAGGUUUUUUUUUUCUUUUUGAUUUCCCUCAAACACUUGUAAAACAUUACAGUUUGAAGCUCUUUCAGUGCCCCAUUUAAGGGGUAGCUAGCGGGUUCCUUGCCCUAGGUGUCAUUCACCUAUUUAUGCAGUUUUGUCGUUGAAAAAUUUGAGAGUAGAUGGGUAAGGGGGGCAGUUUCAGGUUUUUCACCCACCUGGAAAAUUCGAAGAUACAGUACUGAGCUCUUUUCAUGCUUUAUUUUCACAAGAAAUGAAUAAGCAUGUUUUUACAUUAAAACUGAUAUAAGAUAGGUGAUAGAAAGACAAGAAAAGGAAAAGAUUGUAGAUACUUUCUUUUACCUGCCCAGCAGUACAGAAGUAUGUGUUCAAUAUUACUCUUUAUCAAAAAAUAGUGCAAUAUGUACAUUUUUAUUGUUGUUUAAUGUUAUAGAAAAAGUAUGUAUAUUUAUGUUAAUUUUUGCAAUAAAUUUUAUGAACCAUG